AUGAAAAUAAAUAAUAUACUUCUUCUUGUUUUUACCACAGGUUGUCUUGCUGCUCCAGCUUCUAGUAGCGAAGACAUAACAGUUACAAAAUAUGUCGACAGCAGUUCUACUGCUUAUGAUUGGUCGGAAGAUUGGGUCAAAAAUUUCCCAGUCCAUAAGUCAUGUAAUGAUAGUCAGUUUAACCAGUUGAGUAAUGCUUUGGAAGAAACUCAAAUUUUAGCUGCCCACGCUAGAGACCAUACGGCAAGAUUUGGAAACCUGUCUAGAUUUUAUCAAAAGUACUUUGGUAAUGCUCCAUCUGGAGAAGUAGUUGGUUGGUUUGAAAAUAUUGUUAGCUCCGAUAAAAGCAAAACAUUAUUUCGCUGUGAUGACAUAGAUGAUAACUGUAAACUUGAUGGUUGGGCGGGUCAUUGGAGAGGAGAAAACGCCACAAACGAAAAUGUAAUUUGUGAUUUAUCAUAUACAUCUCGGCUUUACUUAGCUCAAAUGUGUAGCCAGGGAUACACAGUUUCAAAUUCUAAGAAUUCAGUAUUUUGGGCUGGUGAUUUGUUACAUAGGAUUUGGCACACUGAUAGUAUAGGACAGGGUGUAGUAGGCCAUUAUGCUGAUACAUAUGAUGAAUGUUUGGAAUUAGCCAGAAAAAAUGCAACUGAAGCUGUAAGAAAUUCAGCUACUUUGAGAUAUUAUGCCUUAGAUGUUUAUGCUUAUGACAUAGCUGUUCCUGGGAAAGGAUGUACAGGUGAUAAAAAAAGUAAUACAGAAAGUAAUAGCUCGUCUACUACCGAGGCAAGUAAAUCAUCCUCUGAGGCUGAAGGAGGAUCCGAAUGUCAUACUCAUUCGAAUGGUGAAACUCACUGUGUUUAA